GACCUUGCGCAUACAUGCAUAUAUCCAUUAAUAAAGAACACAUCGGCUCCAUGAUUUUUAUGUUGUACUCUGAUCUAUUGCCUUACACUUGCGACAACUUCUUGCGUCUCUGCAAUCAAACAAAGGGUGGCUACGCUGGCACUCCUAUACAUCGCAUCAUCAAAGAUGGAUGGAUUCAAUGCGGCGGAUUCGGCCUCAAGAAUGUUGACUUGGACUGCGAAAACUUUAUGGUCCCACAUGAUAGACGAGGCGUACUUUGUAUGGCGAACGACGGCAGAGCUGGUAUAUUAAAUAUGGAAUGCGACGGUAUCACAGUAAAUAAAGGUACUAAUGAGUAUAUCCAUGGACAUAUAGAAGACUUAUACGCUUUGGGUGAAGUACUUAUAGAAGCUUUAAUCGAAAGAGUAUUUCUGGAAGUUGAGUUAAAACUAGUGCAGCGUUUAGAAAAGGAGCUCUUAGGAGAAGAGGAGGAAACAGUAGAAGAGGGAGCUAAAGGAGAAAGUGGAAACAUUCACCGUACAAAAAGGUUUAUUCGCACUAAACCGGCAUCAGAAACCGGAGCUCAGAUUACAAAUCCGCCUACCCGUAGUCAGUCUAUUAAAAAUGCGACAAGUUCCAAAGUUGUACCAUUAUCGAGUAAAGAUAGCGAACAGGAAAACAACGAAUUUGACGUAGAAGAAUAUGAACUAGAAGAAAGUGUUUACCGUCACAUGUCUAUAGUAACAGAAAGUCUGGUUGUGAAACCAGAAAAACAUUACUACAUACCACUAACUGAUGUACCAUUUUUGAAAGGAGACUACUGCCUAGAAAGCGACAUUGAUCAUGAGAGACAAAAAACAGCCCCCAAAGACAAGUUCGAAUAUCCAUCGGAAGUGUUCAAAUUAUCUAAUGAUGUCUCAGAAUCAACGUCCUCUCAAUCAUUGGACUCUGAAGAAGAAAAAGAAAUUCGUGAUUAUCUAAGACCUACUCAAAUCACCGAGAAUCAGCUAAGAAGAGUCAGAUUAGCUUCAUUAGAUUAUAAAUCUGCAGUACAAGAUACGAAAGUGCGUAUUGCUGCAUCAGCUACAGUCCCGCCUCCUCCUGGGCAUCACACUGUUUCCGGUCGCCGUCCAACUGGGUUUAUCCGGAUGAUGGACAUUGUAGAUUCAGACUCCGAUGAUUUGAAAGAGCAAGAUCACCGCGACUCAUUCAGACCUUCCAUAAUGCAACGAUUAUCCCAAGGUGAUGCCCAGGACAAAGUAACGAUGCUCACAUAUUCACAAUAUUCCGGCAUGAAGAGUGACGAAAGCUUAAGCAAUAAAUUAGUCAUGAGAAAGCCUCAAGUUACAAAUGUAUUAAACGACAAUGCACUCAACGUCCAACAUAAUAAGAAGUUAGUGAGGAAAAUUUCAUCGGAUUACGUAAAAACAUUCAAUCAGGGGUAUAAUAAAAUUGAGAGUUCAAUUAGAAGCAUCGAGUAUGCGAAGACAAGACCUUCUAUGACGGUAUCAGAGUAUCAGCUGAAGAAUCAAAUGUAUGAGGAUUUGAAAAAUGAAAUUGAUAAGGAAGUUAGAGAAGAUUUAACCAUUGCAAAUGGUAAGCUCUCACUUCAUUUCAAAUACAGAUCUCUAUUGUUAAUUUUUUUCACUAAAGUACUACAACGUUACCUCUUGAAUCACCUAGGUACUACCUAA